AUGGCUACCUUGGGCUUCGGCCCUACGGAAGCCCUGGCCGCCUCAGGGGCACCCAGCCGCUGGCUGCGCGCUCGGCAAAAGAUCCAUUUGGCCAAGGACUUCUACAAGACGCCAGCGGAGGAGCGGCAGCUUGAAAGCCUCAAUGCAGUGCUGUGCAGCAAAGGGGAAGUCGAUGACCGAGUCAAGGCGGCAGAGUCUUUAGCAUCUCUGGCUCGCGGCGACCGCAUGGCCUAUGCCAUUUCCGAGAACCUGGGCCCUUUGUUGCAAUGCUUGAAGACGAAAGAAGCUCCUCAGCUAAAGCUGGCGGUCCUUGGCACUCUACGAGUGCUGGCCGAACGAGAGCAAGCGGCGGCCGUGGCACGGCAUUGCUAUGCCCUGCUGCCAUGCCUGAGGGAUGAGGACAUCUUGGUGCAGCGGAAAGUUUCAUCUUUGUACCGCGUAUUGGCAGAUGAGGGCCAAGCUGGUGUGGUUGCCCGAGAUGUGGCCAGCAUCAUGCACUGCUUUGAGGCCACGCAGGCCGUUAAUGCCUCACUGAUGGCACCGCUGGAUGCAUUGGCAGCUAUCGCUUCAGCCGGCGAAGCACAGGCUGUUGCUCGAGUGGUGGAACGCUUAUUGGCUGCCCUUCGUGACACUCGUCCAAAGAUCCGUGCGACCACAUGCAAGACGUUGGCGGCUAUCGCUCGAGGUGGUGCAAAGGAUCUACUUGGACAUCUGGGUCUCAUCGACACCGAGAUUGCAGAAUCGUGCAUCUCGGGCGUGACGCUCUUCGAGAUGCUGGCUCUGCUCUCCCUGGACGACGCCGAUGCUGACGUCCGCUUAGCAGCUGCCGAUGCACUGCGGUGCCUGCCUGAAGCUGAGCCCUGCGAGGAGACUGCGCACGAGAGGCGCAAUCGCUACCCUGCGUUGGUCAACCGGCUGCAAAGGUGGGCGGGGACUCAGACUGGAGAAGUGCAGAGCAUCCUUUUGUCGGUUUUCUACCUUUCCAACGAAAUGGAGGCCUGCGUAAUCUGUCAGGAGCCACUUCACUUGGCCGGCGGCCCCCAGACCUUGCCGUGCGGGCAUGUCUUUCACCGCCGGUGUGUGGAAGAUUGGUACAACUUCACGACGAAGUGCGGCCGGAUCCCGAACUGUCCUUUGUGUCGUACAAAGAUGCCCCUUAUCGCAUUGCGUGACCCACCACAAAUUCCUUCCGUUCCCAGAUGA